AAUUUGAAUUCAAAAUAAAGUGUGAUCCGAAUAAACAAAGAAAUUUUCCUCCUUGCCAAUCACAAGAGCAAAUCAUCUCAUUGCAAGUUGGAACAUAGCCAUCUUUCCAUUCCCGUAAAUCCCCACCACGUCUCCCUCAAAUUGCCUCUCUCUUCUCAAUUCCUUAGAAAUUCUUCUCUCCAAUGGAGGACACAUGUGUCGAUUUGCCAAGCGAAUGUUGGGAACUCAUAUUCAAUCACCUCCAUCGCCACCACCAUCAAUUCUUGGAACCCGUUUCUCUUGUCUGCAAGAGCUUUCUCUCCCUCUCCAACCCACUUCUCCUUUCCUUAACCCUCUCUCCUCACACUAUCUCGGUCCUUCCAAGACUCCUCCUUAGGUUCCAGCGCCUGAAAACCAUAGUCGCUGAGGAAUUUUGCGGCGACCUCGAUGCUCUUCUCUCCCAAAUUGCCCGAUCCCACUUGAGCCUUCAGUCCCUCCAUCUCUCCAAGCAGAAAUCGGCUCCACUGGAGGGUCUUAGGCAACUGGGUUCCACGAUGAAGAGCUUGAAGUCUCUGAAAUGCUACAAGUUUGGGCGUUUAUGCGAUGGGGAUUUGAUUGAGAUAUCGAAUUCUUUGCCAUGGCUUGAAGAAUUGGAUAUCAGUUAUCCCACUUUCGAAGAAACAGGGGAAAGUGAAGGGCAUAUCACAGAUGCUGGGAUUGAGGCGAUGUCUAAAAAGUUAAGGGAGUUGAGGAAGAUUGACGUUUCCGGUAAUUACUUUAUUUCUGAUAGAUCCCUUGUUGCUUUAUCGUCGAAUUGUGUGUUUCUGAGAGAAAUUGUAGUCCACGAUUGCUGUUUCCUGACCCCGAACGGUAUAGGUUUUGCCAUCUCUAAUAGUGCCAACUUGGUUUCCGUUUCGGUGAAUCGACUGGACCUCAAUUCUUCUCUUUUCCGGUCUUCCUUGCAGACCAUUGAGAAUUCCUUCAUUUGUGCCAGAGCUUUAUCUGCGAUUGAAUUUUCGAGUAUGGUUAUUUCUGAUGCCCUUCUUUGUUCCAUUGCCAAAGAACAUCUUCCAUUGAAGAAGCUUGCACUCUCCCAUUGCCAGAAUUUCACAUUACUGGGGAUCUCUUCGAUUUUGCAUGCAUACCAAUUUCUGAGUGAAUUAGACCUUUGUGGGGCAUAUUUCCUUACCGACCAGUGUAUGAAGGAUUUGUCUGGGUAUCUCUCAAAUGUAACCUCUAUAAAACUUGCUGCAUGCUCUAAGCUGACCAAUUCAACCUUCUUUAUCCUCACAAAAAGCUGCUCCUCACUCACAGAAAUCAAAAUGGAGAGAACAAAUCUAGGGGAAGAGGAUCAUGUCGUGGAUUUAGUGAAGAAUACUCGAAUCAGGUCUUUGAAAUUGGCUGGGAAUGAGCGAAUGAGCGAUGACUCUCUUAGCAAGUUUGCAUCUGUCUGCCCAAAUUUGCAGCUGCUUGAUGUGAGCUUUUGUGCUGGUAUUACAGGAGGAGGCAUUGCAGAAAUUUUGAAAAGUUGUGAUGAUGUUAGGCAUUUGGAGGUAAACUUCUGUGCAGGUGUUAAGAGUUUUGGUGCAGAUUCAAAACUUUCCAAAUUGGGGGUUUUGAAAGCAGCAGGUUCGGGGAUUUGUGAUGAAGGGCUGGUAAUGGUUGGACAGACAUGUCCUUGGCUCCUGCAUUUGGACUUGCGGGGUUGUUCUGGAGUGUCAACAAAAGGAGUGAAGGAAAUAGUGAGGAGCUGCAAGGGAUUGAGGGAGAUCAACAUCAAAGGAUGUCUUGAUGUGAAUGCCAAGUUUGUAGCUAGGAUGGUUUUCUCAAGGCCUUCAUUAAGGAAAAUAAUACUACCAAUUGGUUUUUUUCCAGGUUAUAACCAGAGGGAUUUUCUCCUGCGCCAUGGAUGUUUAGUUUGUUGUAGUUAGUUCUUGAAGGGAGCAAGAAGAGAUCUUUAUUAUUGAACCAGAAAAUCUGUUUUCAUUGCCGUUGUAUAAGAUUAUUUGGCUGAAUAAAAUUGCUUGACAUUGUAUACUAUCAUCCUUUUGUGCCAGUUUUCGGCUCCUAGUUGGCCAAAGUAGAGGAUGUUUGGGCAUAUAGAGGGCUGAAUUAUCCAGAAAUCUUUCUGAGCAGCAGAAUUACUUAUCAAUAACUAAGGACUGGUGAUGAUUGGAAGGCUACAUUUUGGGUUGGUUGUUGCUUGAAGUGAUAGCAGGACGUAUAAAGGAUGAGGUGGUUGAUUUGAAGAGAAUUCAGAUAAAUUUUUUGGGUUUUCAUAAAGAUAGAUGUCCUAGUUUGAGUGUUGUUUUCAAGAUCAUCAGCAUGUAACCAUCUGGUUUCUUUCCUACCGGACCAGAGGAGCCUUUGUCCUGUGCCAUGGAUGUCUAGUUGGUAAGCUUAAGCUUCCUAGAGGAACAUGCAAAGCAAACAGUAUUACCUCUGUUUUUCAGUUACUAUUUUGCAUAAAAUUGUUGCAGAGAAUCAAGAUUUGUCCUGUAGGAUACAACUACAACUGUAAGUAAUCAGUAUUUGACUGUCAAUCAAGAUUUCUGUUUCAACAAA